AUGCACAGUGACAAUGCUAUCACAGCUACAGAUGCAUGCUCUCUCGCCUAUGAUGGUCAACUCAUUUUCACUUCACCUAACAUGACUUUUGUUCCCCAACUAUACGACAAUCCCUCCAAUAUUGUGCAAGUGAGGGUGGAUGGGGGGUUUUGGGUGAUGAAUCCUUUCCAGUGGCCUCAAAUCACUGACCUAUGGUAUGCUUGGUGGUCGCCAGCUUUUUCUGAUGAUUUUGAGCCACUAUCUCCUGGUCAUGUCUUUGGCAAGCUGAAGUCCACCCACCGUGAUCACCUAUUUCGACUCUAUAAGCGGGCUAACAAGUGUGUCGGUUCCUACAAGCUAUUCCAAGAAAACAAGCAAGAUGCAGUUGUUGGAUGGGUCACUGGGUUGCGCUCUGUAUUCCCACCCUCUCCUGCGCCUAUCCCCAUUUAG